AUGGGGAGCGAAGGGAAGAAGAAGCCUUGUAUGCCAUUUGGCGCUGCCCGGCGCCCCUUCGGCCGCCUGCCUGCCACCCCCGUGGCGAAUGCAGUGCGUCAGAGCGAGCGUGAGGCCACGAUCGCACAAGGUGCCAGCGCUGGCACCAGCACCGGGAAGCUUCCGACCACGCCUGGCAUAUCCAAUCUCAGGAAGCUUUGGCAGCAACGCUGUGCUGAAGAGGAAGAUGCAUGGAAGGAUGGUGCUUCCCCAGCCUGUAUUUGCGGCAAGGAGCCCAUCGCCACAAAGCCUUCAACGUGCGGACUCGGCGCGCCUUGCGAGGCCUCCGCCACUCCAGAAACACGGUCUCAGCCUAGCCAGUUGCCUGCAACGGUGGCCCUGGCAAAGGCAUCAAAAGUCGAGCCAUCAGCUCGAGAAGGAUCUUCGCGGAGAACGACGCCUUUGUGGGCACAGCAGAUCUACGCACUUCCUGAAUUCGUGCAGCGCAGGGCAGAGAUGACGAACACGCGGCACCACUGUACAGCAAGUGCUGCCUCAGACUCGGAGGAACUUGACGAGGGCAUGCUGUGCCUGCCACCGCUCCUUUCGGCUGAAGUAGACUUCAACUUCCGGCUCCCAUCCAUAGGUGGGCGUUGGGUGAAGACCAUGGGUGACUAUGAGGUCUACCAGUUGGACUCGCCCAAGAGGAAAAGGCCACCUCCAGUGGACAUCAUGAGCUUCACCGUGUCCAGAAAUUCUGGCCUCCACUCGGAGCACACGACCUUUGGCGUCGGGACACGCUUUGGCAACAAGAAGGUCAUUGGACGCGGAAGGGAUUCACCAAACGGGCGCGAGUUCUACUCUCACAGCCCUCUGCAGAAGCUGAAGUGGGAGGUGGGCCCACAGUGCACGCAGGGCGUCGGAGGCCGUAAGGGAAUCCACGACACGACGGUCCCCAGCAAAGUCGGCCCAGGCAGCUACAACAUCGUGGCUUCUGCUGCAAAGUCGAAUUCACCGCUCGACGGCCCCGAAUAUUGCAAGACCUCCCUGGGGAGGAAGCUGCCCAGUACCCUGCUUCCGGUGGACAUGUGCUCUCCGGGCCCCCACCACACCUACGAGGUGCGAAAGCCGCUGGACAACGACAUCCAGCGAUUCAACAAGCCAGUGUUCUUUUACGAGGUUGCCGAUCCAGGGCUUCUGCUCACCGCCAGUUUGGCAACUCGAUGUUUCGAGGGAACUUGGAGGUGGAAGUUCCGCGCCUAUUGCCUACAGAGCGCUCAGUGUGGGUCCGUCGCGCUCUCGCAAGGUCUCGUGCGCAAAUUCAUGGCAAGGGCCAAGAGCGAUGACAGUUCUGCACUUGCUGUACAGGAGCAUGCGCACGGGACCGCGGCCGGAGAGCCAUUGGCAACAACGCGAGAUGCAAACGCCGAGGACUUCGAAGACGUCCUGAGCCCAGAGGAGCUUCAUGUGUCCACCGCGGCCUGGUGGAACUUCCUUCAGGAGUCGCCACCGUUUGUGGCCAAACUGGCUGAGCAUGACAUUCCUUUGUUCCUGCUGAAGCACCCCGAGGCGGCAGAGAACUUUCGCACCUUCCUGGUGCAGGGUGCUGGCAGAGAAAAGCUUGCGGCGUUGCAGCCCCUGCUGCUGCAAGCGGCCGCCAGGAAGCCAUCCUUUGCGACUGCUGACGAGGAUGUACAUGUGCUGACAGAGGUGGCCCUUUCCUUCAUUGAGUCCACCUACGCCUCUCACUUGACAGCCUUCCGCCGUGCGCGAUGUCUUGCGGACUUGCGAAGCCCUGAGCGCUGGUUUCCGGCUGCUCGGGGCCGGAAGCGGCGCUGGCACCUCCACCUGGGCCCCACGAACAGUGGCAAGACCCACGCAGCGCUGCAGGCGCUGCUGACUUCCGGAACCGGCCUCUACCUAGCACCCUUGCGGCUGCUAGCUUCAGAGGUCUUUCAUCGCAUGCGCGCGGCUGGGCUGCGGUGUGCGCUGCGCACUGGGCAGGAGAAGAUCGGACCUGAGGACGCCACGCACGUUGCCUGCACUGUGGAGAUGACGCCGCUGACUGGGUACGGGACUGAAGGUGCCUGGGACGUGGCCGUGUUGGACGAGAUCCAACUGCUGACGGACCCUGGACGAGGCUGGGCCUGGACGCGCGCCCUCUUGGGCACCUGUGCAAAGGACUUGCACCUCUGCGGGGCUGCGGAGCCCUCCUCGCUAGAGACGCUGCUAAAGCAGCUGGCUCUCUCGUGCGGAGAUGCCCUGCAAAGCACCUCCGUCAAGCCGAGGAGGCUAGUGCCACUGACUGUGGAGAAGCAGCCUGUCUCUGACCUCGCACAGCUGUUGCCUGGCGACGUCCUCGUCUGCUUUGCGCGUGCGGAGGUCUUGGAGGCGAAGGCGGCGCUGGAGAAGAUUGGGCUCCGAGCCUGCUGCAUCUAUGGCUCCCUUCCGCCGGAGGUGCGCAGCGAGCAGGCCGCCCUUUUCAACGAUGCCAGCAGCGGCUUUGACUUGCUGGUGGCCUCCGAUGCCAUAGGCAUGGGCCUGAAUCUUCAGAUUCGACGUGUGGUCUUUCGCAGCCUCCAGAAGUUCGACGGCACUUCGGAACGACGCCUCACCGACGCGGAGCUCCGGCAGAUUGCCGGGCGGGCCGGCCGCUUCGGCGGCCGCUACAGCCGUCAGGGCCUCGUCGCCUGCUGCCUGGCGGAGGAUGUGGCCGUCGUGGAGGCUGCUCUAAAGGACCUGCAGGACGGCGAGCCUGGAGAAACGCAACGAGAGGAGCUCAGUGCGCCUGGAGAGAAGUCGGCCAGGUUCAACGCUGCUGAGGCCGAGGCUCUCGCACGUGCUGCCUUGCUCCCCUUACCUGAGCAGUUGGAAGCUUUCAGCCAAACGCUGGAGAGGGACAUGGGGAGACCGUUGCCCUUUGCAGACUUGGUGGAAAGAUUUCUGACCAUUGCAGAGGUGUCUCCCCUCUACUUCUUGGCGCAGGCCAAAUCGGUUUUGGAACUGGCUCGGUUUCUGUCGGACGUGCGGCUUCGGCCGGGUGACAAGUUUGUCUUCUGCCAAGCCCCAGUUGGCUCCGGGGACGUGGCGGCGCUCGUGGCACUUCACGGCUUUCUCCAGAGCUUUGUGAAAGGCAGUGUCGCAUUCCCUCCGGUUGAGAUUGAAGACCUGGAGGAGGUGACCACUCAGAAGAUUUUGGAGCUCGAAGGCUUGCACAAAGUUUGCGAGGCCUACCUGUGGCUGGCGAUGCGAUUUCCGGCCUCCUUCCCAGAUGUGGACACCGCCGUCGCAACACGCUUGGACGUGGCAGGGAGGAUCUCGCGAGCGCUGAGCCUCCCGUUGCGAGCAGGGGCGAUGGAGGGCCACCUCGAGGGCCACCUCUUCGGCCAUGGAUGGCACAUGGGUCUCGCCACCCCAUCGCCGAGGCCUGGACUGGCCUACAACAACAGCGAUGCCAAGGGCAUCCAGAGGAGCACUUCCAUGGGCUUUGCUGGAGGAACCAAGCGCUGCGUGAAAUGCACCUUCGGCAUGGCCGACCGCUUCCGUGCGGGGCGACAGACCUCGAGCCCGGUGGGCGACAUGUACUACGCUCAUUCCAAGCUUCUGGGCGCCGAGGACUACAUGUCCGCGAACAGGGCCUGCACAUUCGGUGCAGGCAACAAGACAGAUUUCUCGAAUAUUUACAAAGGCCAUCGAACUGAUGUUUCGCCAGUGACUUACAGGCCAGUGGACAGCACGGCGAAGAAGACGUCUGCCUUUGACGGUCUGGUCGAUCGUUUGGCGUCCCCAACCAUGACCUUCGCACGGAGGAGCCCGUCGCCAGGCAAAUCAUCUAUGGGAAGGACCUUCUCGGCACCCAGAUGA